AUGUGGAUGUUCACGCCGGUUGCUUCUGCUGGAAAGCUGCUGAAUAUUUUCAGGAAGCAACUAAGUUCUUUGUGGCAGACCCUGGUUCCACUGUUCUUCUGGCUCAAGACAACAUUCCGUCUGGCAUCUCCCCAAAGGAGACAGCAGCAGCAGGUUACAGAAUCACAAGAUGGGAACCAAGGGGCAGACGGCGAUCUGCCCACGACGCCGACCAGUGUCAACUACCACUUCACUCGUCAGUGCAACUACAAGUGUGGCUUCUGUUUCCACACUGCCAAAACUUCGUUUGUGUUGCCUCUUGAGGAGGCCAAAAGAGGACUGUUUUUACUUAAGGAUGCAGGUAUGGAGAAGAUAAACUUUUCAGGAGGAGAGCCGUUUCUUCAUGACCGAGGAGAAUACCUGGGCAAGCUGGUGAAGUUCUGCAAAGUGGAGCUUCUGCUCCCAAGUGUCAGCAUUGUGAGCAACGGAAGCCUGAUUCGAGAGAGGUGGUUCAAAAAUUAUGGUGAAUAUUUGGACAUUCUCGCUAUCUCUUGUGAUAGCUUUGAUGAGCAAGUGAAUGUCUUUAUUGGUCGUGGUCAAGGGAAGAAGAACCACGUUGAAAAUCUUCAAAAGCUGAGGGCAUGGUGCAGGGACUACAGAGUGGCAUUCAAGAUAAACUCUGUCAUUAAUCGCUUCAAUGUAGAUGAGGACAUGAAUGAACAGAUUAAGGCACUAAACCCUGUCCGCUGGAAGAUGAAAGAUUCCUACCUUAUUCUGGAUGAAUAUAUGCGCUUUCUGAACUGCAGAAAAGGGCGGAAGGAUCCUUCCAAGUCCAUCCUGGAUGUCGGAGUAGAAGCAGCCAUCAAAUUCAGUGGAUUUGAUGAGAAAAUGUUCUUAAAGCGAGGAGGAAAAUAUGUAUGGAGCAAAGCAGAUUUGAAGCUGGACUGGUGA